UAUUUGGAAACUUGCCAACGUCUUGAACAACACUACCAAGUCGACUACUCCUCGCCUUUUUCUCCGCGGUGUCUACAAUCAUGGCCAAUAACAUGACACUUCUCUGGUGCACCUUCUCGGUUCCGUGCUGGCGGGUUAUGAUCGCUCUGGAGGAGAAAAUGUUGCAGGGAUACAACCAGACGCUGUUGGACUUCGAUAAAGAAGAGCACAAAUCUACAAUAGUCAUGGACCUCAAUCCCCGGGCACAGCUCCCUACAUUCAAACACGGGGAUUGCAUAGUGAACGAGUCCUAUGGAGCAUGCAUGUAUUUGGAAAACCAGUUCAGGUCCCAGGGGACCCAGAUGAUCCCUGAGGGUCUAGCCGAACAGGCCCUGAUGUACCAACGCAUGUUUGAAGGCCAAACCUUCUACGAGAAACUUAGUGAUGUGGUCUACUAUGAGUAUUAUGUCCCUCAGGGAGAGAGACAUGACUCUGCUAUCAAGAGGAACAAAGAUAACCUUGCAAUUGAAAUUAAACUGUGGGAGGGAUACUUUCAGAAGUUGGAGGCAGGCUCUUACCUGGCAGGAAAAGCCUUCUCGUUGGCUGAUGUCCUUGUCUUCCCCACCAUUGCCUACUCCUUCCGCUCUGGGCUGUCAGCAGAGCGUUACCCCAAACUGAGAGCAUACUACUCUAUGAUGAAGGACAGACCAAGUGUCAAAACUACCUGGCCCCCACACUGGCGAGAAGACCAGGAAAAGCCUCAGUGGGGUGACUUUCUCAAAGAGUUCUGAGACUCACUCCUACUAAAGGAACACAUUAUUUAAAGUAUUAUAGGCACUUAAAAUCUACGUACACUAUAUAUACACAAGUAUGUGGACACCUUCAAGUUAGUGGAUUCGGCUGACAGGUGUAUAAAAUCGAGCACACAUCCAUGCAAUCUCCAUUGACAAACAUUGACAGGAGAAUGGCCUUACUGAAGAGCUCAGUGACUUUCAGUGUGGUGGCGUCAUAGGAUGCCACCUUUCCAGCAAGUCAGUUCGUCAAGUUUCUUCCCUGCUAGAGCUGCCCUGGUCAACUAUAAGUGGUUAUUGUGAGGUGAAACGUCUAGGAGCAACAACGGCUCAGUCGGGAAGUGGUAGGCCACACAAGCUCAUAGAACAGGAUCGCAUUGAAGCGCGUAAAAAUCAUUAGUCCUCGGUUGCAACACUCACUACCGAGUUCCAAACUGCCUCUGGAAGCAAUGUCAGCAUAAGGACAGUUCGUUGAGAGCUUCAUGAAAUAGGUUGCCAUGGCUGAGCAGCCGCACACAAGCCUCAGAUAACUAUGCACAAUGCCAACCGUCGACUGGAGUGGUGUAAAGCUCGCCGCCAUUGGAAGCAGUGAAAACUCGUUCUCUGGUGUGAUGAAUCACGCUUCACCAUCUCGCAGAGUCCUGACCUCAAACCCAUUGAACAACUUUGGGAUGAAUUGGAACACCAACUGCAAGCCAAGCCUAAUCGCCCACAUCAGUGCCCGACCUUACUCCUGUGGCUGAAUGGAAGCAACAUCCCCGCAACAAUGUUCCAACAUCUAGUGGAAAGCCUUCCCAGAAGAGUGGAGGCUGUUAUAGCAGCAAAGGGCGGGGACCUACUCCUUAUGAAUGCCCAUAAUUUUGGAAUGAGAUGUUCGUCAAGCAGGUGUCCAUAUACUUUUAGUUAUGUAGUGUAGCUUCCCUUGGUUGCACACCUCAUGAAACAGAAAAGUUGCUUUUUUUGUGGAUUUACACAUUUGUUUUUGUAACAAACAAAGGCUGUUUUGUACUGUAACACCAUCUAUGUUUGUAAGAACAUGACUUAACAAGAAAACAUGUUUUUAGAAGUACAUGGCUCUGCUGGCAUGUUGUUACUACUCCCCCUGCUGGCGAUCUGAGGAUCCUUCAGAAAAUAACAUGAUCUGUGCAAAUCUACAAAAAUACAAAUGUGG